UCCAGGCAGGACGCAGCGCCUCGAUAGCAGCGUUUAGUCGGUGGGAGCUACGUAGGAACAGAAGCCGUUUUUCGCGUAGUAACGGUCUCGCAUGGCUCUACCCCGCAGCCCCUAACGUUCGGCCGCCGCCGUUUGACUCGUGGUCGAGGACACAUCUGGGAGGAACCUCGGAGCUGCAUCUCCCCGGCGUCGCGCGAUCCCUCAGCCCCGUCGACAUGUCAGCGUUCUCCGAGGCGGCAUUAGAGAAGAAAUUAUCCGAGCUUAGCAACUCCCAGCAAAGUGUGCAGACGCUGUCGCUGUGGCUCAUUCACCACAGAAAGCACUCGAAGACCAUCGUUAGCGUCUGGUUCAACGAACUGAAGAAGGCUCAGGUAUCCCGCAAGCUGACCUUCCUUUACUUGGCCAAUGACGUCAUUCAGAACAGCAAGAGGAAAGGACCAGAAUUCACCCAGGACUAUGCACCAGUCAUCGUUGAUGCGUUCAAGCAUGUGUACAGGGAGGGAGAGGAGGGCUGUAAGAAACAGUUAGGUCGAGUGCUGUCCAUCUGGCAGGAGAGAGGUGUGUACGAGAACAGCCUGCUGGAUCAGCUCUCGCAAGUUCUAUAUGGAGACAAGAAAGCUAAGAAGAGGUCAUAUGAGGACAUUCAACCAGAUGAUGCAGACUUUUCCUCCCAGAGCUCCCCAGCUGAAACCCCACAGACAGCAGAGUUAAUCCGAGCUCUGCAGGAGCUGGAGAAUGCCGCAUCUGGCGACUCAUUGCUGCGUCAGCGCAUCUCCUCCCUUCCUGCUGAGGUGCAGGACACAUCACUGCUUCAGAGGAUUACAGUUUGUAAUGUAGAUAAGGAAUCGGGGGAACGGCUUUCGCGGCUGGUGGAGGAGGCCUGCAUGCUGCUCGCAGACUACAGUGGUCGCUUGGCGGCAGAAAUUGACGAUAGGAGGCAGCUCACUCGCACACUAACAGUUUUCCUCCAAAGCCAGAAGGACGGCUUGGCCCAGAACGAGCAGAAACUUGAAGAGUACAAACGCAAACUAGCACGGGUGACCCAGGUCCGCAAGGAGCUGCGCUCACGCCUGAACAAUCUGCCCGUAGACCUGUACAACCCCUCCACCUGAAGAAGCAUCUCAACCUGUCCGUCACAUAUUCCACCCAUGAACUCGUCAUAGUUGUCUGCUGUUGACUUUGAAAAGUGUCCAUGUCCCAUUAUAGUGGCCUGUGGCCUCAUUCUGCCUCCAACAGGUUCACAUUUACCCACAUGGCUUUUAUUAACAGAAGUGUUUUCUUUUCCUGUCUGAACUUUUUUUUGUGUUAUGUUAUUGGUACAUUCAGGUUUAUGCCAACCAGACACACACUAGCUUUGAGCUCUGUCCAUCAACGUUUACAUCCCACCAUACUGUGUACCAAGUCUUCAACAUAAUGAAAGACUUGAGUUUGUCUUGGUUUCACACUUCUUGUUAUGAGCGCAUCUGUUUGGCUCUAGUAGCUCUUUUUAUGCAGUGUGAUAUUGGUUUGGAGGAACGCAUAGGUGAGGUAAUCAUGUUCUGUUGUACAUCUUCAGAUUGCAUGUAUGUAGGACAAUUAUUGCUCAUGAUUUGAGUCCAUGUUAACAAAGCUCUGAAAUGAA